CAGCGGGGCGUUGCCAUGGCGACGCGGGGGCCCACAGCCGGCCUGCGGCGGCACAGCCCGCCCGGGUCUCCUCUGCGGACCCGGCGGCGGCCGCGGCGGCAGUGGCAACUCAUGGAGUUUUCGAGAAACUUCGUCGAGGAGGCCAAGAAGCACCGGGGCCUCGGCCGUUGCAGGCAUUUCUUCUGGCUGGCGGUGGUGUUCGACACGGUGGGCGCCGCCCUGCUGUUCACGGGGGUCUUCGUCGACCUGUUCUUCUACGACCUGCUGCUCUACCUGGGCUCCAUCGUCAUCUUCUUCAGCCUGCUGUGGUGGGUCUUCUGGUACACCGGCAACAUCGAGCUGACGGCGGAGGAGAACGCGAAGAGCCCGGCCGCCGUGCGCUCCUCCUCCUCCGCGGCCGACGCGCUGGGCCGCCGCAUCUCCAUCACCGUCUGCAACGUGUCGAGCACCUUGAGGCGGAUGCGGCGGCGCUGCGGGCCCAGGGCGUUCCUUCAGAGUGUGACCCUGUCGGGCCCGCUGCAGGGCCGGCUGGAGGAGGAGCACCGGGGCAAAGACGAGCCGGCAGGCGGCCAGGAGGGCGGCGACGCGCAGGACCCGUGCAGAGAGGACCUGGGCCGCAAACCCGAGGCAGCCAGAGGUGCCGAGCGAGUUCGCACCCCCGGCCCCGAGCCUGCGCCGCCAGGACGGGGCAAGGGCUCGUUAUUCAUUCGUCUGGUGCCGCCUGGGUUCCCUCCCUCUCUUCCAGACCAGCCCCAGUCCGCAGCCGUGCUCUCCUCCAGGAGCCUGCCCGUAGUCCCCUCGGCCUCUGCCCGCCGGCCUCCAGCCCUGCGCGUUUCCAGAAGCCAGCUUGCGGUCACUCCUGCCUCUGCAGGCCAGCCUGCGCCCCCUGGGCCUUCCGAGAGUCCGCCUGCUGUCCCCUUGUCCCCCAUAAGCCCAUCGACAGGUGUAGCCUCUCAGAGCCGGCCCGCAGUCUCUGUGGCCUCUCAGGUCCAUCCCGUGGUGCCAGUGCCUGCCCAGAGGAACCUCCCAGUCCUCUUGGCCUCUCAAAGCCACCCCCAGGUGUCUCCUGCCCUGAGCCACCUGCAAGCCCCAGGUGGCCAGAGCCAGCUGGGGAAUCUUCCUCCCGCCUCUCAAACGCCAUCUCCAGGUGCUCAGGCUUCCCAAGGCGAGGCCCUGGCCACCCCUGUGUCUCUGAUCCAGCUCCCGUCGUCCCAGUCUUCUCAGACCCAGCCUGUGGAGCUGCGUGUCUCGCAUUCAGUCCCAGACUCUAAGACCUUGUGUCACACCCCCCAGACCUCCGAGACCAUCUCUUGUGUCCAAGGGAUUGCUCCCAGCCAGUCUGAGCCUGUCCAGGAGCUUCAGGAGAAGCCAGUCACACAGGCUUUUGAGACUCCGCCGCCACCAGCAGGCCAGGAGCUAAAGCAGGAAUUCCCUGCCACAGCAUCCUCACCCCCCGAGUCAGGGCCUCCAGCUCCCCAGGCCCAGCAGUCCUUGUCCCAAGAGAGCAGCACACCUGCCCCUGCCUCAGAGAAGAAAAGUCAGCCUCCCUAGUACAGAACCAGACCCCAGCCCACGGAGUGGCCUCUCAGGCCUCUGCCAAAACCACCAACUUUAUAAAAGCACAAAUACUUACCGUAACCUCGUUUUGGAAACCUCCAUGUGGAGUCCUGACCUAUCUCAGACCAGCAGGCCUGCUACACUGCCUCUGCCAAGUGUGCGUGUAUCAGUGUUGGGGAGAGUUUUCCAGCAUCAUAUCAUAAAGUUCUCUGUUGCCAAAGUUUUAAGCCAUAAUAAACUAUGCUAUUCCAAAUGAA